AGAAUAUGGAUCCGAUAACAUUUGAUAAUUAUUCAAUGAUGGGGGAACAAGAGGAGGAAGGACCUAUAUGUAUUGAAUCUACAUUUCUUACAAUGCGAGUGAUGGAAAAUUAUUUGAAAUCUUUUGAAUAUUUUUUGCUGGUUUCUUGCGUCUGUUCUACUUUUUUACAAAUAUACGUAUUGCUGAAAGCGGUGAAGUAUAUACGCAGGGCGACUGGCGAUGAAUGCCUCCACGUUUUCCUGCUCAGCAUGACCAUGGGCGAUCUGUUGCUAACUAGUUUCUGUUAUCCAAUCGAGCAGCUUCGCGAACAGGAAAUUAUCAAACCGCCACAGUGGAUUAACGUCGCUCAGCAUUUUCUAACAUGGGUCGGAUUGUCUGCAUCAUCGGCCAGUUUGAUUCUGCUCAAUGCGGAUAAAUUGCUAUAUUUCAAGUUUCCAUUGAGAUAUGCCAACUGGGUCACUUCAUUCAAAGGUGUCUCCCUUGCUGUUUUCGUUUGGUUCGGAUGCUUUGUCUUUGUGUUCAUUUGCUGGUAUCUGGAAUGUUUCACAUGUGAAGAUGACUGCCGGCAACUAAUGAUUCUUCCCAACAAAGUUGUAAUGUAUAUCGUGUUCACAGUUUCUGCGUGCAUUGCUCCAAGCUUAACAUCACUUGGAGUAGCAAUUUAUAUUUUAAACGUAGUGACGUCGCAUAGAACAAAAUUAUCAGACGAGAAUGGGAAUUCUUCUCACGCUCUUGCCACCCGCCUUCGAACUUUUUAUUUCAUAUUUAUGACCACAAUCUUUACUGUUGGCACAUUACUUCCUUACCGAAUUUAUAAUAUUCAACGUCAGCUGACCCCGAGGGAAACUGAUGAGAUAAGCUGCGGAAGUAUUAUCUUUUCAUGGACUUGUCUCUACUUUGUCUCGCUCAAUGCGAUCCUGAAUCCAAUAAUAACGGUCACGGUUCUCCCACAAUACCGUUUUCAAUGGCUUUGUAAACGGCUAGGAAGUAGCUCUUCUCCAGCCGCCGUCUAUGUUUAAGCCUUCAUUCCGAAUCCUACAUUUCGUCCGUCCCAUGUCAUGCAUAUCUCAAUUUUUAGAUCUCUGGUUUUCUAAAUAUUUUUGCAACGUUUUCCUUGCAACAUUCUCAUGUUUUUUAAAUUGAUUUUUGUGAUUACAAAAUUUAACAAAAUUUCAAUUUUUCUUGAAUGGGUUUCUCAUGGAUUGACAUUUUCAUUUCGUUUGUAUCAUUUUAUGGAUUGUUUACAACAAAAAUUUUUGCGGUGUACACAAAGUAAUACCAUAUGAUAAAGAGCUUUA